ACCACACGACACAGGUUAAAACUUUCGCUGCGGGUGACAAUAUUGCUCAGAAUAUUGGCAAUCAAAAGACGGCAGGAAAGAAACAAGGAAACAUUUCGGAUGAUAUUGCCGAAUACAAGAAACCUUCUUUUAAUGCCGUUAAUAUUAACACAUAUAAUGCUAUUACAACCGUCAAAAACCCACCAAAGGGUAUUUUAAAACGU